AUGCAACGCCAGCUGGCCGAUUUGCCAAGUGCGGAAGCCAAGCCAGCUGAAGCAUCAACCACCACGGAGUCGACCCAUGAGAAUUCUACAGAGACCUCUGUGAGCGAAGCAUCGCACCUCCCCACCGGACCGCCGACGGACGGCCCGCAGACGGCCUCGCGGACGGUGGCAUCCGAAAUGGCCAAGGCGGUGGAAGCAGCUGCUCACGAAUGCUUGGCUUCUGGUUCCACGGACCAAGCGCUGGUGCGGAUCUUGAAACGCUCCGUGGCGCAGACGCCGCUCAUGAUUGCCUCCCCCGCGGAGCGCGCGCUGAAGAAGGCCUUGGACGUGGCGCUGCUGAUGGGUUUCUCCGAGGAUCAGCUGAAGCAAGCCUUCACCCGAGCAGGUGUCGCCCUGCCAAGUGACGACGGCAACCCACUCUUUUGCGCGUCCCUUUGUUCGAAGAAGAAAGUCUCUGCUUGUGAUGGCUGCAGCCUGCAGCAGUGCGCCACUGGCGAUUUCUAUGUGGAAAACGCCCUGUGCGAAAUGUCUGAGGAUGAAGAUCGCUGUAUCCAGGGCACCCGCUUCUCCUGCAACGUCUCCUGCGCGCACGAGCAAGUGGAAGCAGAUGAAGAGAAGUUGGCACCGGAUGUGUUUUGCCGCUCGCUGUGUGCGAAGAAGGCGGUGGUGCACUGCAGCGCCUUGUUGGAUGAGGACUGCAAAUCAGACCGGUUCUACACGGAGACCAGACAGGGCUUCGUACUGUGCGCAUGGGAUGAGGAUGAACGAAACUGCGGCAUAGGCCGGCAAGUGCAGCCUUGUCGACAGCUCGACAGCUGUGAAACCACCUCAAGUUCUACUGAGGGCAUCAGGAAUUCAACCACCCCAACCACGACCGCCGCCAAGACAAUCAGCAGCGACUCCAAUGCACGCUUGGGCGACUUCGCCUCCGCCCAGAUGCGCCUGGCCCACGGCGGCUGCCCCACGGAGGAUUGCCAGGAGGAGGUCAACAGCGCGAAGUGUGACAGCAGCGAAUGGAAGCUGACUGGCAAGUGCCGAUGCCAUUGCAAGAAGUACCGGCCAAAUAUUGUGAUGAUCUUGGCCAACAGCAUGGGCUUCAACGAUUUCUUCGACUCCACGGAUCUCACAGCUUCUGCGUGGCCCUACGUGACCUCCAUCCUGCCUGAGUCGAUUCGCCUCAACAGUUCCUAUGCAGAAGUAGCCAGCGCCCCCUCGAGGGCCUCCUUCCUCACAGGCCGGUGGCAGCAACACCUGCUGCCCGCAGAGACUCCGUCACUGAGUGUCGAGCAGGCAUUUGGAUCCAAGGGCUGGUCCCCGCUGGGCGUCUCCCACCACCGGCAGUUGGGUUCCACUGCUGGCGCUUUCUCGCAGGGAGCCGAGCGCACGGUGGCGCAGAAGCUCAAUGCUGCGGGAUACAAGUUGUACCAUUGA